CUUCCGUUUUGUACAGGUGCUGGGUCGUCAACCUGAACAGCUUACCCGCUGAAUUUCUGUAUUGAAUUGUCCCGAGGACUUUAUUUACAUUUUUUCAUUCUACAAGCCGAUUUGACUACUGUUAGGCUGGUGUUUUUGUUUAAAGUAACACAUCAACCCUUUCCCUUUUGCGUCUGUUUUACCGCCACCUCUUCUCUCACGCUGAGACAAGGUCCACGUUUUCCGUCAUGGCCUACAACUACACUGGCUACAGCGACCCCUACUCAGACCAAGGCUACUUCUACCCCCCGGAGGAGCAGGGUGUUGCCGCUGGUAGUAGUCAGCAUCAAGAGGAAACCUACACGGACCGACCAGAACCAGCAUACGCCUACACGACAGAGUCGCCUGCUUAUGGACAUCAAGGUUACCACGACAACUACUACAACGGUACGCACGCUGCGCAGCAAGACGAGGACAGCUACAACAGCUACACCAACACAAAUUCGCAGGAGCAGCCCCAGUCCUAUUCGUCGGAACAAUGGCAGGAGCGGGUUUCUUCCUCCGACCAGUGGCAGGAGAACGCCGCGACGAACCAGUAUCAGCAGUAUGUGUCCAACGCCAUCGACGAGAAAAUAGGAGUAAGUGGUGUCGCGGGCACCGCUGCCUAUGGCGGAGUGAGCGGUAGUGGUAGUAGUGGGCUAGCGGGGAGUACAGGAGCAGGAGCCGCAAAAAUCUCUGAUGAUACAGCACAAGGAUUAGGUACAUCCGCUGGCGCAGCAGUGGCAGUGGCAGCGGAUCAGACCAGCACACAGAAAGUUAACGACCCGAAUAAAAUGGCGGUGUCCACCCUUCAAGCGCAGCUUCUCGGGUCCUCCUCUGCUACCCAACGAGAUGUAGAGACGCGAGACUCCCGCGGCCCCUCUGCAGAGGACAUUGCUUUAGCGGAAAAGUUUGCGGAAGACAUCAACAAACAGCUCUACCAGGUGCUCCCUGAAGCGGAGGUGCUCCAAGCGAAGCAGAGCGUUGUUGGUAGGCCUAUUGCGUCUGGGAGCAGUGGCGAGGGACGAGCAGGGAACCUUUCGACGAAAAACGACAGGAACACCACUUCCAGCACCGACCGGGGCCCGACGGCUGAGGACAUCGCUCUGGCGCAGAAAUUCGCGGGGAAUAUUGCGAACGGAGCUGCGUACGAGCAGCACAGAGGCCCGAGUACGGCGGAUGUCGAGCUUGCAGCGAAAUUCGCGGCGGAAAUCAAAGCGCAGCAGGACAAGGAUGGGGAUAUGGUAUGAUGCUAGAAGUUUAGUUUUUUCGUCUUGUUUAGUGUGUGCAUCUACUUGCGCGCAGGUUUCUGUUCCCGCGGGAGCAAUAUAUAAUUUCAUUUUUUCUAUGUUCGUUUUGUCUUCGAGUUUUCUCUUCAUUGCGGACAACGAACAAACAAUCGUCAAUCUCAAAACAGCCCGUCGUCCCGCCCCUUGCUUCCGCAGCACCCGUGAACAAGCGCAAUUCUGGCUUGUUGGUCCGGAAGUCCACCGGAAUAGACAUCCCGGCUCCUACUCCUGCGCAGCAGAAUGUCCUGCCGAGCACCUCCGACUUAAACCAGAAUUCCAACAACUCUUCCCAGCAGGGCCGCGACUUGAACCUUGCGUCAGGCGCAGCAGGCGCGGCCAAGAGCACAAGAGGACAAAUGCAAAACUCCGCCUCCGUCGCCGCAGCGUCGACUUUACCAGCCCCGAUGCUUGUGCAGCAGCAGCAGCAGCAGCAGACUGCAUCACUGAGCGAAGCCGCGAAAGCGCAACUCCAGCCUCCGCCGUUUUUCCCGGGGGAUAACGCUGCCUAUUGGCGGAAGGAGUUGAUACCAGAUACUAUGCCGACAACAUAUAUUGUCGCGAAAACAGGGACGAGAGGAACAGCAUCAGCAACAACUUCCGGUAUUAUAGCAGGAAACUUGAACAGCAAGACAGACACAACCACCGCUCAACAAAAUCAAAACAAACCCGCCUCCUUAAUCCACCAGCUCCGCGAGAAGAUGCAGAGCUAUGAAAUACAAAGAAAAUACGACGCACGGAAAGUCGACGAGCAGAAACAGAUCACGAAAGAGGUGGAGGAGGAGCUGUCCCAGAAAAAAGAUUUGGCGGACUAUUUGAACACAGAAGUCACCCGUUUGGAGGAAAAGCUGAUCAACAACGCGUCGGAUUACAAGAAACUUCUCAACGACAAAGACGAAGAAAUCCAGAAGCUGCAGCAGGAUUUCAAGGAGGUUUUGAAGAAAGUAUGCGACAACUUCGAAAAGGAGGCGGAAAAAGAGGUGGCGAAGAUGAAAAACGAGUAUGACGCUAUAAUCGACCGAGCGAUGAAAGACCGGGAGCGGCUGCAGAAGGAAACGGAGGAGGCGACGGUGAAAAACAAGAAGCUGGAGAAAAUCACGGAAAAGCUUUGGGUGGAGUACCAACGGCUAGAGAAGGAGUACGGCGACGAAAUCAACGUGCUGGAGGAGCACGGGAAACUGCAACAGAAAUCCGAUACGGAAUUGUACCAAAAGAUUAAGCAGUUGGGCCAGAAAAAUUCGGAGUUGGAGAAUCAGUUGAAUUCCGCAGUUGUCGCGAAGAAAAAACUGGAAUCCGCGAAGGAGUCGAAACAAGAUUACGAGCAGGAUUUUGAGAAAAAGAUCGAGGUGUUGAAAACCCAGCUGAAGGAGAAAGACUCAGCCUCCGAGGAAACAGAGAAGGAGAAGCGAAAGCUAAAACGGGAAAUGGAGAAUCUGAAAACCGAGAACAAGGAUUUGAGCCUUGAUUUGGAUAAGCUUUCCAAGGCGAAGAAGAAACUCGAAGUGGAGGUUGAGGAAAAGGAGGAGCAGGUGAAGCGGGCGACGUCGGCUCUUGCGGCUGCAACGGGAAAGACAAAGAGUGACGAAACGAAGCCAGUUUCAGCUGCCGAAGGGGAAAAGCAGAAAAUUUUGCAGGAGUUCUGCGAACAAGCGACGUUGGAGGAAAUUUUGGAGAAAAUUGCGGCGGCGCACGGAAAGGACGAAAACACCGCGAAACUAGAGGCGGCGAAAAUCAUGGAGAAGCUGUCUAGCUUGAUGUCGAACGAAGCAAGGACUUCGGUGAUUAGUCAAGAUCCAGACCGGAUUUCUCUCCGGUUAUCCGACUUUCUCGGGUCUGUUCUCGAUUCGGAGAUCGGGAAUAAUUCUGCCGUUUUUCAGAACGACCCGGAGUCUAGAGCAGUCCCAACCGAGUAUUUAGGGCGGAGUAGCAGCGUUAUCGAGGAUCAGAAAGCCGCUGCUGCAGCGGCGGCCGCGGCGGAAGAAAAAAAGAAAUCGACAAGUGUCAAGAAGAUGGGGGGACAACAAGCUGAGGGCGACGAGAAAUUCACAUUCCACGCUGGAAUGGAAGUGGAGGAAGUGCAGCAAGCUGGCACGGCGAAGCAAGCUACUAAUGCAUCUAGGAAAAAAGCAACUAUAGCAGCUGACCAAACUUCCCCAACUGGUUCGGACGAUACCGAGACGAGGAAGGACAGCAAGCCAAAAAUCCCAGCGUUGGAACAGCAGCACAGCUCGGUUAUGAAUGCGGAUGAUGAUGUCCUUUCCGCGGGCGUUGGUGGAGUUUCCUCGGACGAGAACGAGAAGACGAAGAAAAAUACAACAGCUGAAGAGCACGAACACCACGAAUUAGACGAGCACGGCGGCUAUUACGAUGACACCGGGUUUUACCACGACGCCCAUGGGGGUAGGUAUGAUGUCCAAGGGAACUACUACGACGCGAACAACCAGUUCUAUUCCGUCGAGUGGCUUCACGAGCACCACUACAAGAAUUACGAGGACUAUUACCAGCAUGAAGAACAUGAACAACACGAAGUGGAUGAGAAUGGCAACCCGGUUGUUGUCUCACACAAAGAGGAUCAGGAUAGUGAACAGGACAACAAGCCGGGGUCUGACCAUCUACCGGAGGAGCACUCAGACUUCCAUCACGACAGCGCGGACGAUGACGUCCCCGAUUUGUUGCACGACAAAGACAGCGACGAGCACAUCGUCCACUCGGACAACGAGUUAGGCCAGGACCAGGAUCCGGACCACUUCAUCGAGCACUCGGGGGCGGAGGAAGAGAAACAUGAUAGUAUCAUUCCGAAAGAAGAGGAAGCGGGAACCCCCGAACAGGAAAUGCAUCACGAAUCCGAUCAGGACGGUGUGAUUGGCGGAAAGACGAGUUCCAGUAACAACGAGGAUGACACCGAGUCCCAACUUGUCGAUUACGUGUACCGAUGCAGUCUCGGCCAGCAGCAGCUGCGGAAGAACAAAGUCGAGGAAAUUCUCGAGCAGAUCAAGACAGAAACAGGGCUGCAGAAGCCGGACAAACCUGCCGCAAAAAGUGCCGUGGAUGUUUGGAAGAGGAAACGAUUCCAGAAAACUGCGAUGGAGUGGGCGGACUCGCUGCCGAGCAAGCACGGCGAGAUCCAGAUCGCGAUAGAUUUCAUGCGGCAGACGCAGAACGAGGUGUUUAAGGAACAUGGCGAGAAAGCUCUGCGGUUUCAGUACUACGCCGAGCCGCCGAGUGGGUUUUCGUCUGGCGCUGAUAACGUGUUGGCUUUAGACGGCGCGAUGUUGCACCCGUUUCAGGAGGAAGAUUAUGUUCUGCAAAAGGGAGACCAAGACGAGGAUCGUGAUGAUUAUCUUGGUUCUCUAUCCGAAUUCGGGUUGUCGCCGGAACACCCGAAGACGACUGGUGCAAUAGCGGGAACAAGUGUAGUCCAGCAAAAGAAAAUGAAAAACGACACAACUCCGCGACUACAAAAAUCUCCCCAGAGCCCGAUGGAAAAAGCGGACAACUCAGCUUCGGUUUCAGAGAGUGUAGAAGCUGCAUCAUCUUCAUCGAGUAGCUCCGCUUCGAGCUUCAAAGAUACAAUAAACCGCGAUAGCCAAAAUAAUUUUCCCGGCAGGAUUAAGCUCGACAGCAUUCUGGCACCGGUGAAAAGGAAACUUUUGGAAAAAAAGUCAAAAACAUCCGCGUCCGCGAACAAGAGCAGCAGGGCAAAUAAUGCGACAAAAACCGGGAAGCAGAUAGACGCGCAGAUCAUGAAGUGGGCUAUGGAAUCCACACCGGACGAGUCAAAGACUUUUUCCGACAAUGAGAUUGUCACACGGGAAGACCGUUUCGGCCUCGAUAAACAAGAUUCCAGCCGGAAUGGGUCGGUGGUGUGGGGUAUCGGAAAAGACGACGAGGAUCUCUCGCAGUCGUUUGACUUCAAUAAGCAAGAAGAUGAGCAAAAUUAUGACCAUAACGAUAACCAAAUUAGCGGCACUGGCACGAAUUCCUUCGUCGAUUAUCAAACGAAGCUUCUCGGGUCCAGAGACGUUUUGGCGCAGACGCAGCUCGAGAAAAACUCCACCUACAAUAGCAACUUCGACGAAAUCGAGAUAGACUACUCCGCGUGGGGAAACAAGGAGCAAAUAGCGUCGGAGCGGAGUUCCAAGAACGUUGAGGAAGCGGAGGAGAAAGGUGAGAAAAGUGAAUACUCGAGGAUUCAGCACCCGGCGCUGAAGAAAUUUCUGCUCGAAAAUAAGCAAAACCUAGACGCACCGUGGUGGAAAAAGGGCAGUAAGUCCGACGAAAGCGAGCAAAGCUCAAAUUUCGGAUCCGGAAGGCCGCAAGGUACUUCUACGGGCGGAGCAGCAAAACCGGUGCAGCCAAAGCUCAAGCUCACCCUUCCGUCCUCCGCGGCCGGCGCGCACCCCCGACCGACGCGAGCAGCAGCAGGAACGACCGGAACAAUAAAAGAUAACCGGAACCACAACAACAGCAGAAGCCAAAACCAGCCGCAGGGAAGUGGCGCGGAGCAGCAAGGAGACAAGUCCUUUUUCAACAGCAUUCUCUCAGGCCCUUUCGAUUGGUUUUCCGGGUCCGAAAAUCAAUCACACAGGAGCAACAGCGACGGAGCCGGGAAGGGAAAGAGCACCAGUCAAAAACCUGCAAUCCCGAAAUUGAAAAGCUUUCCCGUGGAUGGAAAGCUACGGAAAAUGUAAAAUUAGGUACUACUGCAAACCUUCAGUCUGAAGAAAAUCGAUGCGAUUUUUUGUAAAAUGACCUCUACAUUGUCAUUGCCAUUGGCAUUGCCAUUGGCAUUCAUGGGUGCAUUUUUUGUAUGUACCGAACACGAAUUGCAAUAUGUCACUUUCACACCUUGGUUUUUGUACGUACGAAAUUUGCAACUUCCCAAAACAUGCUCUGCCCAAUAGUUUUACCAUUGAUCUUCAACAGCACAUGCAGAAAAAGAUACGCAAACGCAAGAAGAUCUUGUUGAAAAACAGCUGUUGUAGCCGCAUUGGCUUCAUUAGAAGAUCGCUAACCCAACUCUUUCUACCCGUAUUUUCCCCUUGAUUGAACUUCCAAGGAUGAAGAUAGCCGAACAACUUUGUACUGAAUUAUUUCCAGGAGAAGUAAGAGGUUUUACCCAUCUAUCAGUCACCA